UUGCCAGCCUGUUUGCCAAAGCAGCAGCAGCAGCAGCAGUGAUCUCUUACCGAUGAGUGAAGGCAGCAGCACCAUGACCCACGAUUGGACAGAACUACCUUUUUUAUCCAUCCAGUUUCGGGUCCAAGGUUAUGCUGACCAGGAACCCAAUGGGAUCCCAAGAUUGAUGCAAGGAAUGUAAACAGUUUUCUCCUGUUACCACCUCAAGUAACCCACAUGUGCUGUCUGGGCUGGCCAAUCAGAUACUGCGUCCUGUGCCUUUGAUGGAAUCUUAUGAAAUGUGGCUGUGUCUGAAUCAGAAGAUCACAUCUCCAGAGGGGACACUCCCCAGACCCUACAUUAGGGCUGUGUCCAGCUCUGUGGUCCCCAAGAGAGCAGAGGUAAGCUUCUAUUGCCAGGGCCCACAGGGAAGAAAGACUUUUCAGCUUUGGAAGGAGAAACAAUUAAUGCUCCAGAUAAACACCUCCAAAGAGGAGGUUAGGUUCCACCGUGCAAUUAAGAGCACUUCUGCUACAGAGAACUACAGCUGCCGCUACUUUCAAGACUCCCACUGGUCAGAGUUCAGCACCCCACUGCAGCUGGUGGUGACAGGAUUCUUCUCUCCACCAAAAUUACAAGUACAGCCAGGCACCGUGGUGGCUGUAGGGGAGACAGUGACCUUUGUGUGCCAGGUGUCAGGAAGAAGUAACUUGAAAAAGUUGACAUUCUUUCUACUGAAGGCGGGGGUGGCUGGUCCAGUGCAGCAACAAAAUCUAGAGGUGAAGAUGGCCAACUUCACUCUCCCAUCUGUGAAGGCUGAGGAUGCUGGGAACUACAGCUGUGUUUGCUUAGUGCUGGAGGGCAAGAAGAGAGCAUCAGAUCCCAGUGAGGUCCUAAGGUUGGAGGUGACAGGUAAAAAGACUGCACAUCCUCAGAGACAAGGUAAGAAGCAGAGGCAGACAUUCCAGAGAUGGGAGGCCAAGUCUCCUUACCUCCCUGGGUUCAAGAGCAGCCCUCAUUGCAGCCUGCUGGAGGAUGGUGGUGAUGCAUGGGAGGAUCGAUGCCGGUGGCUGGAGGGAUGCACUGGGGGCCUAGCCAUGGCCCAGUGGAAUCUUGGGAAUGGCCGUCUCUUCUGUUUCAGAGUCCAGAAUCCUCCUCAUUGUUACUGUCAGCUGUGUCUCUGUCUUCCUCCUCCUCCUCAGCCUCCUGGUCCUUUUCUGCCACCGUCACUGUCACACCCAACACAGCCCUCAGACAGCGCAGGCAGCCCUCCGCCUCUCUGCCUCACCUCCCUCCCUCCCGAGAAGAGAAUGUAUGAAGACGUAUCCAAGGGGAGACGGAUACAGACACGGGGCUCUGAAUCUGAAGACCCCCAGGGAGUGACUUACUCUCAGCUAAACACAGCUGCCCUCGAUGAGGCUCAGAGAGCCCCGACUUCUGUACCCCCAGAGCCCAGCGUCUAUGCCACUCUGGCUUUGCAUUGAUGGGGGUGUAGAGAGACUGUCACCCCAAGAAGGGGACCUGGAGCUUCAGGAGCAAUGAGGGGAAAGCUGUGGGCUGGCACCUGGGACACCUGAAUUUGUGUGUAAAGCUUGGCCACUCAACCCAAGAGAUCUUCCUCUUCCACUCCAGUGCCCCCAGGGGAAUAUCUGGCACACAGGCCUCAUACAUCCCUCUGGCUUCCCAUCAUCUGACCUGUGGCACCUUCUGUACCAGUUCGUACCCAUUCUGACUAGGUUUUCUGUUGCCUAGAUGACUUCUGAGGUCCCUCCUAAUGCUAUUGUUCUGAGCUGCUGGGAGAAAGCAGCUCAAGCUUCAUGUUGUGAAAUCCCUCAUGUUGGUAUGUGAAGCAUCUGCAAGACAGAUGCUUUACUCAGUGAACGAGCACCCUUUUUAUUCUGGUGGUGCUGGCAUUGAAUAGUGACUAAAUGGCGUUAAACUCAUGCUCUGGGUGCCUUUGGGGGAGGACCAUGUUUUGACACACUCCAGUCUGGGGAUCUAAAAGAAAGAGGCACUAGACUGGGGAGAAGAGUCCAGAAGGGUCCAAUCCAUUCCCCAGCUUACUUUCCUGGGCCACAGGGAGGGACUUUCCUCAGGAAGAGCCCGCCAUCCCUGCCUCUCAGUAGAUACACCCCAAUUCACCAGGGCCCAAACAGUAGUCUCCUGUGUCAUUGUGGCUAGGGGCUACUGUUCCUCCUCCCAGCCCUGUUCAAACAAGGAACAGUGGAACCACUGCCCUUGUGCUCAAAUGUGGAAGACUGGCUGCUGCUGCAUUUCCCAGUGACCUGGGGUGGCCAGCUCUUCUUGCCCUCAUUCCCCGGCCCUUUUGGUCAUUCCAUCCCCACCUAAGAGUCAUCCAGCACUCUCCACUCUCCCCCCGCCCAUAUCCAAUAUGGUGCCAAAGCUUGUCAAUUUCACCUCUUAGCUCCUGAAUACACGCUGGAUAAAGAGAACUUAGCUUGUGUUUGCUCUGUUGUGUCUAACUCUUUGUGACAUUCAGGGUCUUCUUGGCAAAGAUCAUGGAGCGGUUUGUUGUUUCCUUCUCCAGCUCAUUUUACAGAUGAGGAAACUGAGGCAAAUAGGGUCGAGUGACCUGAGCAGGGUUAUGCAGCUAAUAAGUGUCUGAAGUCAGAUUUGAACUCAGGAAGAUGAGUUGUCCUGACUCCAGGCCCAGCGCUCUAUGCACAAUGGUGCCACCCAGUGGCCACAAGGCCCCUAAACUUCAAUUUCUGGGAAAGUUCUAGGAAGGAUUAUUAAAGAGAUAGUUGGUGAAUUUUGAGAAAGGGCAGCAAUGAUUGUGAAGAGCCAGCCUGGCUUCAUCAUAGGUCACACCAGACCAGCCUCACUUCCUUUCUUUUGACGGAAUUGCUAAAUAAAUCCCUGUCCAUGACCGAUAUGGAAAUAUGUGCUUACCAUCUUAGGGCAGGGGGUGGGGAGUGAGAGAGGGUGAAGAUUUG